UCCUCGAUCUGUGGAUAUAAGUAUUCAGAAAUCAGUUGUUCAGAACGCACAAGUGCCGCGCAGGCCUAGAGGUCACACGCAUACGGGCCCGACUUGUGGGCUUGUGGCACGUACGGUUAGUCCUCUGACGGAACGCGAGAGGCCGAGAGCAUGGAAUGGGCCUGCACCGCUCCUGCAAGGCACCCGACACCUGUGUCCCUGAAGAACUGACGCGCGCCUUCUGCUUUCUACUAGCACCUUCGUGUCGUCGCCAAUGGCUGUUUCCCGAAGGACACCAGCCGCGUACGGUUCCCGGCGAGGCUGCUACUGGUGCAGCUCAAAACACCUCACGGCUAUUAAUACUACUACGUGUGUGCUGUGCCCAAGUAGUUGUGAUAUACUGAGAUCUCGCGUCCCGUCUCGUCUGCUUGAUUUGCCUGCAAGUUUUCGUGCGCUCAACUCAAAUCUCGAAUUUUCGUGCUCAUCGAGACCGAUGCCAACCGCAAUUAGUUUGCCCACAGGGUGCGCCCCUGCUAACCGGGGCUGCACGACGUUAGCCGCUCCACCGAUGAGGAGCCCCGCUUCCCUGGCGCAGCAGCCGCGGCCGAAUCGCAGAUCGGGCCGCGCGAGGCUGUCUGCGAGGUUCGGGCCGGCGGCGGCCCACAAGGUGAGGCUGGUUGGGCCGGACGGCGCGGAGACGGAGCUGGAGGUGGGCGAGGACGCCUACAUCCUGGACGCGGCGGAGGAGGCCGGCGUGGAGCUGCCCUUCUCGUGCCGCGCCGGGUCGUGCUCGACGUGCGCGGGGAAGCUGGCGUCCGGCGAGGUGGACCAGUCGGAGGGUUCGUUCCUGGACGACGCGCAGCUGGCCCAGGGCUACGUGCUCACCUGCGUCGCCUACCCCAAGGCGGACUGCGUCAUCUACACCCACAAGGAAGACGAGGUGCACUAGAACGAUCGAUCCACCCCGACGGAUCGUACGUGCUGGAGUAAAUUAUACUCCCUCCGUCUCGUAAAACGACUCAAAUUUAUUUAAAUAUGAAUAUAUUUAUUAAAAAAACGUGUCCAUUAAUAUGGGACGGAGGAAGUACAGGAGUGCUUAUGUAACAUGGUGCUGUGUAGUAUCGUUGCAGAUCUGUGUUCCUUUGCUUAAGGUCCUAGGCUAGGCGUGUAGGAACUUGGACUAUUAUCAAGUGAUAGUGUCGUUACAAAUCUGGAUACUUAUGCAUGAUAGGUGAUGAACUUACACUAUUAUCAAGCGGUGGUGUUAGGAUAUAUGCGAUCGGAUGAUUUCUGUUGUAAAGUAUUUUGGUUAUACGACAUCGUGUCGGUUGUACUUGUACGUCGUCUUUUGCAAGACGGUUAGUACCACAAACAGGAAAUUGGUAUUCCGGAAA